AUGGGUGACAACUCAGAUGAGAGUUUGGACGAGAGUUCAGAUGUUAGUUCAUAUGAGAGUGACCCUACUUCUGAAAUGGAUAUUGAAGUCCAACAGGUUAAUAGAAAGCAAUAUCAUAUUGCAACGGUGGUGGCUGCUUUGAUGGUUACAAACCAUGUUUUGAAAUACAUUGUCAAAGAAAAGAAAACAACGUCAAUUCUCUCCGGUCAUAGAUGGUAUACAGAACUGAUAACACGAAAUGAUAACAGGUUUUUUGAGCAACUUCGAAUGAGGAAACAAGUCUUUCGACAUUUGGUAUGUGAGUUAACUAAUAAUUGUGGAUUGGAACUUGCUAAACACAUUGGAGUAGAGGAAAGUGUUAGGAUAUUCUUGUAUAUGAUAGGGCAACCUUCCUCAUAUAGAAAUUCCCAAGAGCGGUUUCAACAUUCUAGUGAAACCAUUCAUGAACAUUUCAACAAAGUUUUAGAAGCUGUAUGCAAGUUGGGAAAAAAAAUCAUUGAACCUGUUGAUCUUGUUGACUCUUCUCAAUAUAUUAGAGAUGAUAAUCGAUAUUGGCCUUACUUCAAAGACUGUAUUGGGGCAAUAGAUGGCACACAUAUUAAAAUACACGUCCCAAUAGAGAAACAAAAAUUGCUUUUCACUAGGAAAGGACUUACAUGCAAAUACUAUCUUGUAGAUUCAGGAUAUCCCUCAUUAAAAGGUUUCUUAGCAUCAUACAAGAAUGCAAGGUAUUAUCUUGCACAUUUUAGACUUGCUCCAGGAUUCAGAUCAAGAAAUGAAACUUUUAAUUAUUAUCAUUCUAGUUUGAGAAGUGUGAUUGAAAGAACUUUUGGUGUGGUAAAAGCAAGAUGGAAAGUAUUACAAGAAAUGCCUAAUUUCAAGCUUCAAACUCAAAUGGCUAUUAUUUGGGCAUGUUUUGCACUUCAUAAAUUUUUAAGAAGAACAGACUCAAGUGACUUGGAUAUUCUUGAAAGUUUAGAGAACAUCAAUGGUUUACAAGAUAAUGAGCAAGAUUUCCAUGAAGGAGAUGCAAAUGGAAAUGGUGUACCUACUUACUCAUGGUGA